CGUCACUCCCACCAGCGCGCGUCUCCACGUCCCGCCAUCCCUCAAGAGCCAGCCGAACGGCCAUCUGGCAGUUUCGACUCAGAACACUUUCUCGGAUUUCUGCUGGCCGCAGUAUCUGUCUGAUUGUGUCCUGCUCCGAUUCGUUGUCCAGUCUCAACACCCCCCGCUCCUUCGCUUCUGAAUAAGACGCCGCCAUGACGGACACAGGUGCUCACCCUGGCGUGCGGAGCCUGUUGGCCCGAUUUGAGAACAACAGCCAGAACAAUACCCCUUCUCCUCCUUCUCGCGGGAGAUCUCCCGUCGAUUCAGAUAAUCCGGACUCGAGGCCACUCUCUAAGGUCCGGGCCAGCUUCGUUGCGGUGGAGAGGAUCACUAGUAGUCCCUCGGCUCUGAAAAAGAUAGUACCUCAUAUCGGCGGUACUGGUGGUCUUCAGAGUCCGUUGAGCCCGACCGGUAAUAAUUUUGGCGGAAGUCGGAAACCCUGGGAUUUCCCUCCAACAAGCAAUCAAGAAGCAAUCGGCGGAGCGAAAAAAGAUACUACCCAAGAAAACUUGCCAGGCAGCGAGAGUGUGAGCAAGCCGCAGGAGAGCUUUGAGUUGCCUAUCAGGUCUGCAGCUGUCGCUACGCCCAAGAUGGAAGAACCUACACAAGGGAAAACCUUGUCCGUUGAUCAAGAGCCUUCAACCCUUCAUGCCGCCAAAAACGAUUCGACACACAAGCCAAGCUCCAGAUUGUCCACUGCCAACCACAAGUCGCCUCCACCGUCUCGUCACCCCGUUUCAUCAGCUAAACUACAACUCGUGAAAAGGGAACUCAUUCUUCUCGUUCACCGACUCGAGGCACCGCGAGCCCUGGCCUGACGCGGAAACCAUCGACCCUGAAGAACUCAACUUCCGCACCUGCACCACGGCCUAGCAACCAAACUACUGCUAGUCUCCGUAAACAGGCAUCUCG